UCUAGUGAUUUAUCUUCAGGCUUGAGUGAGGCGGAGCAAAGCAUCCUUUGAUAGAAGCAGACAGAGGAGUUCAGAAUGAGUCUGGGCGGAGAAAGUUAUUCCUCAAGUCUUUCCUCACAUGUCGUGUGGUGUUCACAGUGUGCACAGGAUACAUGCCCAGAAAAUGUUAGCACCGGCCUAAUAAACUUAGUCUUCUAACCAGAACAACAGGAGUUAAGCAUCUGGAGGUAGCUAACCGCAACUCGCUGCGGAAAGGAAAGGAAAAACUGGAUUUAUUCGUCAAGAAGGAGAAAGCCAGGAGUCACACUGUAGAAGGAGGUCUACCAACCCAAACCUGGGGGGCCACUGGAGCCCUGGGGUGCUGGAAUGGAGCAUCUCAUAGAGUCGCUGGAAAGGAAGCUGCAGAGACCCCUACUGGCUAAGUCCCGUACUCUCCCCAGCAUCCCCCAGUCUCCUACAGUCUCCAGGGUCCAUCACUCUGAUCUCAUUGGUGGGAGUCCCCCCCUCAGGAAGAAUCCGCCCGCUGCCACCAGCCACCCGAAGGCCUGCACUCUGCCGCCUGCAGGGGAGCUGUGGCGUUUGGAAGAUGACGUUGAGGGCGAAGAUGAGCCUGGGCGUGGUGGGUGCACCGAGGCCCGCCCUCGCUCCCAGUCUCCCUUUUCCCACUUUCGGGCGCGAGCAGCCUACCUGCGCAAGAGCGUCUCCGCGGACGACCACCUGGACAUGGGCUUGGACUACAGCUCUGGGACUGCAGUCGAGGCCAAGCCAGCCCGUAGCAGUAAGGGCAAGCUGAAGAGAAAGUUUAGAGGCCUACCUGCACCCUUGGUGACUGAUGCACAGAAGGAGACAAGAAAGACAUGGGAGGCUAUUGAAAGAUUGUAUCAUAAAUUCAAGAUGCUUGUAUUCUUCGUACGUAUAUCUUUCUGUCUUUGUGUGGGUGCCUUUUGGGCAAGCACUGCAUCCAUCUGUGUUUUGCAGUGGAGUCACACUCAGUUUGAUUCGUGAGGAAUUUUCUUGGUUGGUUUAUUGUUCCAUAACAAAAUACUGAGAUAAAUAAAAUACUUUUUUUAAUGAUCGGGUGAAUACCAUUGUCUCUGUACACGUUAAGGGGGUAUUACUCAGUCAGGUUAUCAGCUCAUGUCAGGGUUUCUAGCAGAAAUGGCUAGACAGCUGUUAUUAGAGCUUGUGGAAAAUGAGUAGUUUUGCUAAAUUACACAGCAAAAGGCUAGGUGAGGCCACACACAAGUCUGAAAAGUUUUUAGUGAUGGAGAUCAUUAAUUGUACACCAAAGACUGUAAUACAGUUAAGUUCUGGUACAUCUCUUGCAUAUGAUU